AUGAAACAAGCUGCCAAUUCUAUGGAUCACAAUGACGAAGGAGAUGGAGACAUGGGAACUGACACAAAUGGACAGCACAUGCAUGAAAGCGAAGAGUUGCAGCAAAUGAUCGACGCAGCUUUGCUUGAAAUGAAUAAUGGAAACUAUGAACAGGCCAUUAAUCUACUGGAUACGGCUAAGCACCGCUAUCCUAAUUCUAGGGCCGAGGAGCUGCAGGAUUUAAUAAUGAAAUUGAAACUCAAUACUUUAAAGAACAACAGGACUGAGAGUAAGGCAACUACGCUGCGCCAGCGUAAACAAAGCGAAUCGGACAACGCGCGUCACCCGGAGGCUGGGUCUACUCGAAUCGACUAUACAAACGAACAAUUGACUUUGGUCAAGAAAAUAAACAGUUGUCACAACUAUUAUGAUGUCUUGUCUGUGUCGCGCAGUGCUUCAGAGAGUGAAAUUAAAAAGUCAUACAAGAAAUUGGCAUUACAUCUACAUCCUGACAAAAAUCACGCCCCAGGCGCAGCAGAAGCCUUCAAAACCCUGGGAAAUGCCAUGAAUGUCCUAACCGAUGUUAGAAAACGUAAGGAAUAUGAUUUAGCUGGUGGCAAUUACAUAAGUGGUACGGGGGGUACUACAGCCUAUCACAAAUCUACUUCAUCCUCGUAUCAUCAAUUCUAUCACAACGAUAGAGACCACCAUCAUCAUCGGCAUCACGAACAAUACAGUUCUUCGGAAGCUUCGUAUCAUGCUAAUGAAGAUUUUACGGCCGAAGAAUUAUUUCACAUGUUCUUUGGGAAUUAUCCACCAUCUCAGGGUACAUACCGUCGUCGUCCGUAUCAACCGGCCAAUCAGCGCCAGCCCCAAGAACACGGCCAACAACCAAGCUUGGUCUUUGUACUGCUACUUGUCAUGAUAAUGCUGUCAAUGUUUAUGUCGCUCUUCUCAACCGAUCCCGUCUAUAGUUUAUCCCAUUCCAACAAAUUCAAUGUGCGGCGCCAAACACAGCAUUUGUCGAUACCAUACUACGUUAAGGAGAAUUUCGAGAAUGACUAUCAGGGUUCAUUGGCACGUUUAGAAAAUUCCGUUGAAGAAGAUUACGUCUACACCAUGAAACAGCAUUGUUUCCGCGAGCGAAGCUAUCGUGAGGCAAUGAUGGCACGUGCACGCAGUUUUGGCAGCCGUGCACAAUUCGCCCAGGCUCAAGGUUUAAAAAUGCCCUCAUGUGAUAAUCUCUCCAAAAUUGGCAUAACUCGUUAUUCUUUGUACUGA